AUUUUUCUUUCUCGUUUCAACGUUUUAUAUUAGAAAGAGUAGGUGUUCAGGUAACCUCUUCCUUCAAUUUCCUCCUUGAUAUCCAGUCCAGUAUUGAGCCAGAGAAAACGAAGAAGAAGAGAAAGAAAAAGAACCCGUCUUCUCCGUUGCUCGUCACUACUUCUUCUGCACCAGCUUCAUUCAUGUGGGAGAAAGACAGAGCAAUAUAUUCCAGAGCUCAAAAUCAAACUCGUACAGUUUUCAGCAUUGAAAAAGCAUUGUUGUGAAUUAGAUUAAGUUCACAUUUGUUAAAUCAACCCUCAUAAGGGUUGCUUGGUGUGUGCAUCUUCUGGGACCAUGCCUCGUAAAGUAAACUACGGAGUUGAUUAUGAUGAUGACUACGAUGUCUAUGACGAUUAUGAUUAUGAUGAUGAUUCUGCCAUAAAAAAGAAUGGCAAAGCACUUGAGUCAAAGCGGGAAACUGAAAGGCCUGAGGUCUGGCGUUGUUCCAUUUGCACGUACGACAAUGAGGGGAGCAUGUCUGCAUGCGACAUUUGUGGGGUUCUUCGAAACCCUGUGGUGAAAAGCAAUAGUGAUAAGAAAACAGUUGAAGGCAGAUGCAAAGAUUCUGGAGCAUCCAUAAUGGCCAAGUCUCUUUUUGCAUCAUUGCCGUGCCAGACACCCAAACAGGCUGUACUAUUUCAUCAGCAGAAAGAUGAUUUUGUGAUAGAAGAGGGCAAUAAUUUCCACAAGCUUGGGGAUUUCCAAGGACCUAUUCAUGAAUUCUAUAAUGCGUUUAACAUUCAUAACAAUCACCAUAUUAAUAUAGCUCCUUUCAAGUUUGAUGUUCCAUCCCCAGAUGAUUUGGUUUCUAAUGGAUUGUGGUCCUCUAGAACGGGUUCAAAAGCCAGUGUUAAUGACUUGAAAUCUUCAAAAGUUUCCUCGAAGGUUGCUAAGAAGAGUGGUGCAGUUAGUGGACAAUCAAGUGCUGAAUGGUCAGAUAGCUCCUCUGCAAUAGGGGAAAGAAGUAAACAAGAUAGAUUUGAUGAGGGAAACCAGUUGGAGAAUCAGACAGUCAGCUAUCAUGAUGGAAGUAGUGACAUAAUUACUUUACAAGCAAAUGGUAGAUUGUGUGAUGGUUCGUCAGCACCGCAGCCAAGAAGCAGACAUGACAGUGUGGAUGGGAGCACAAAUUCUUCUGUGAUUAGGGGCAAGCAGCAGAGUGUUACCAGUGGCUUGAAAAAUUUGGAUUUGGAUGCUAGAUCUGGAUCUUCUAAUAAUGUUAAUGUUAGAGAAUCUCAUUCACAAGCAGAGUACAAACCUGAAAAUUGGAUGCUCCCUGACCAAGCUGUAGAUACACUGACUCAACUAAAUCUUGCAAUAGUUGGCCAUGUUGAUUCUGGAAAAUCAACACUCUCAGGUAGACUGCUUCAUCUUUUGGGAAGGAUAUCUAAAAAAGAAAUGCACAAAUAUGAGAAAGAGGCGAAGUUACAGGGUAAGGGCUCUUUCGCAUAUGCUUGGGCAUUGGAUGAGAGUGCAGAAGAAAGGGAAAGAGGAAUAACUAUGACAGUGGCCGUUGCAUAUUUUGAUUCCAGAAAAUAUCAUGUUGUUGUGCUCGACUCGCCUGGCCAUAAAGAUUUUGUUCCAAACAUGAUAUCUGGGGCAACACAAGCUGAUGCCGCGAUACUUCUCGUAGAUGCUUCAGUUGGCGCAUUCGAAGCUGGUGUGGAUGGUAGCAAGGGACAGACAAAGGAGCAUGCACAACUUAUCAGAAGCUUUGGUGUUGAUCAAAUUAUAGUUGCCGUGAACAAGAUGGAUAUUGUUGAGUACUCCAAGGAUCGGUUUGAUUUGAUUAAAGAGAGACUUGGAACAUUUCUCCGUUCCUGUGGCUUCAAAGAUUCUUUGGUGUCUUGGAUUCCACUGAGUGCCAUGGAAAAUCAGAAUUUGGUAGAAGCUCCUUCUGAUGUCGGUUUUUCUUCUUGGUACCAUGGACCUUACCUGUUGGAUGCAAUUGAUUCCCUCCAACCUCCCACAAGAGAGUUUUCAAAGCCACUGCUCAUGCCUAUAUGUGAUGUCAUUAAAUCUUCUUCACAAGGACAGGUAUCUGCUUGUGGUAAAUUGGAAGCGGGAGCUCUCCGAAGUGGAUUCAAGGUUCUGAUUAUGCCUUCGGGAGAAUUAGGGACCGUACGCUCUUUAGAACGUGACUCUCAGGCUUGUGUAAUUGCGAGAGCUGGAGACAAUGUGGCUGUUACUCUGCAAGGCAUAGAUGGAGGUCAUGUGAUGGCAGGAGGUGUGCUCUGUCACCCUGGUUUCCCAGUUGCAGUUGCAAAACAUUUGGAAAUGAAAGUGCUGGUUUUGGAUGUUACAACCCCAAUUUUAAUUGGCUCUCAGUUGGAAUUUCACAUACACCAUGCAAAGGAGGCUGCCAGAGUUGUAAAAAUAUCGUCAUUACUUGAUCGCAAGACUGGCAAAGUGGCAAGAAAGGCUCCUCGCUGUCUUACUGCAAAGCAGAACGCCAUUGUAGAGGUUGUUUUGCACCAGCCAGUUUGUGUGGAAGAGUUCUCUAAUUCCAGAGCCCUUGGGAGGGCAUUUUUAAGGGCAUUAGGAAGCACUAUUGCCGUUGGCAUUGUAACCCGGAUUAUAGAGGAGCAGAAAUAGUUCAUUCACCGUUCCGGUUGUGCGGGGAGAAUAUGAUCAAUUGGUCAUACAUUCAUACCAACCCGCAAUGGCGUUUCAGGGUUUAGGUCAGUUUUAGAAGUGGUUUUAUUUUGGUGUUGAAUUGUUUUCUUUAUAACAAUUUUGGGGUUUGGUUGUUGUAUGUGCAUUAAGCAGUCUCGGCUCAUAACUUCAUAUACACAUGUACACCACACCAAGUGGUUUGUACUUUGUAGAGGACUCAUUUGUAAAAUUUAUUGGUUCUUUCAUGCAUAGUGGUUAAUAUAAGGUCUACAAUAUUAAUUAUGUAAAAUCAAA